UUUAAUCAAGAAAAUGUUGGAUUCUCAAAAUUUAGAAGAAACGAUUAAACAACUCCAAAGCAGUGGCAUUCUGUUUUGUGUUGAGUUUGUUGGAUCAGUUAUUGUAGAGAAAUCAAUUAAUUCAUUAUCUGGUGAUAAACAAACACAAUUUGCGAGGGCUUGUAUGAAAUUUGUAAUUAACAAUGUAGUCUCUUCUGCUAAACUUGUUGAAGAUGAUAAUGUAGAUUUUGCUAAGUAUCUCAAUCUGCAAGUGCAAUCCUUCAAAAACGAUGUUGAAUUAAACAUUUCUUCUUCUGCUUUUAUUAUUAUUGAUACAACAAAUAUGCGGCCUCUGCAUCGAUUUAAUAUUCAAGAUAUUUCUUUGUUUUCGCCGGGGUUUGAGGAAUUCUCUACCUUCUUUUGUUUUUUCGCGAAAGACCAUAUUGGUGAUCAACCCCCUUUGCGAAGAUGUUUUGUUUUUAAGGCUCAAGAAGAAUUGGAAGAUGUUCGGGAUGCUAUCUAUUUUGCUUUUAAAUUAAAUGAACACAACAAAAAGAAUUUGGUGGAAAUUGGAAAUAAUUGUUUAAACGGCAGCAGAAAAUCUUCUAAUGAUUUUGGUAAUGAAUGUCCAGUUAGGGAAGAUGAUUCAAAAACACCAAUUCCUUGUCAAACGCCUCCAACGCCAAUUUGCAAUGAACAAAAAUUUUUUGAUACAAAUUAUUUAAAUGGAAAUAGUGAAGAUAAUGCAAUUAGUAAUUUAAAAUUAGCACCAGAAUUACCUCCUCGUAAAAGCAGACAUUCCUUAAGUGCUGAUGUUUCUGGUUUGGUAAAAGUGUCAAAACGUGGAAGAAGCGGUUUGUUUUUUUUAUAUUUUUUAGAUCAUACGAGGGUGCAACGGUUUGUAGGAUUAGGAGGAAGUUGUUAAGAGAGUCUGUACAGGGGGUGUCCGAAAGUGAAAAAAAUUUUCCGCGGCCGCUGUCCACAGUCCGCAAUUUUGAUUUUAUAAUACGGAGCCGCAGUCCGUAAGUUAAAAAACCACACAAUCCGAAAUUGCGGACAACCCUGGUUGAUACCUUUCCGCGCUUGACAGUGAUAUUUAGGCUAACCUUGGACUUGUAUCCGGGAUUUGCUAUUUUCAGACAUCCCCUGUUUC